CACGCGAUUUCCUUCCAAGUUGCGAAGGCUUCCUAUAGUCACCCACUAUGACCAUCUCUUGCACAAUUUUGGCUGCAUCGCUUGGCGGGGUACCAUGAUGUAAGAAUUACUCUACUUAAAACCCGUACUAAGUAAUAAGAGUACACGGUUUCCUUAUGGUGAUAUUCUGGCCCGAGAUACAGACUGAAAUCUUGCGCUCCGUGAAUUUUCGACGUCUUAUUGUUAACUGAUACAUUUGUUUGGUUUCAGGUGUGUGUCUCCCCUACAAUGGGUGAUGUGAGCGAGACGAAAAGCGCGUUGUUUUUUGGUUCGCGGGCCAUGAAGAUCACUAACACUGCUUACGUCAACGUGGAGGUUGAUUACAAGAGACUCAGCGAGGACUUGUCCAAGAUUGUUGAUAUGAGAGAAAAAGAUUUGGAGGAGUUAAAGCAGUCUUAUGAGAACAGGAUCGAGCGACUGAAACACGAAGCCGAGGCAACAGUGGCAAGUGCCAUGGCCGAGACAGACAAGGUGGUAGCAUCAGUGAAGAGUCUUUAUGAGAACGAGCAAUCAAGUUUACAAAGCGAUAUCGAAGGUCUAAACUCCCGCUUGGAAGAAGAAACUACACGCACAGCAAAUCUUCAAGGCGAGAUAACCGUGGCGAAAUGUAAACUUCAAGAAGAUAUGUUUAGAACAAGAAGCACGCUGUUAAUUGACAUCAUCUCCAUGCAACUUUUUUACGCGCUCAAAGAUAUUUCUCUCGAUGAUGCUGUAAUCCUCCCUGAAAGCGAACUUAAGCAAAAAGAUGGUUUUACUCAAUGGACUGUAACUAAAAGCAAGCUUCUGGAAAACACCGAUCUUCUUUUGGAAUUGUUCCAAAGCUAUCUAAAUGUGCUGAAUUCCAAAGGAGAAAAAUUGUUGGACAAUUGCGGGAGUCUUAGAAGUUUGAUUGGAGCAGAAGAGUUAUUGGACGAGAGAACACUGCUGCGCGACACGGAAGACGUAACGUUGUACUUGACAAAUAAAACGGACGAUGACAAGGUGGUUGCGUCGUCACGCUGUAACGAAAACCUACUGGAGUCACACAACAAGGAACUUACUGAGGAAAAAGUUCCUGAGGCCGAGGAGCAUUCCUGUUUAAGGGACAAACUAGUUUCACUCAAACGCUGUGUCGACGGCGAUGCUUUGAGUUUCCUCAAGAAAGCAUUUAAACUUGAUCUAGAAAACGAAGGAAAAACCACAGACUCCAGGCAAGAUAUCUACAAAAGAAUACAGGAAUUUAUGGACCAAACGAAUUCUGUUCUGGGUUAGUGAGUAAAAUUCGUAGCUUUUUCAUCUGUCAUCACGCUUGAUGAUUUUCUUUCUUCUGCUCACAUACCUAAUUUUACCUGUUUCGCGUAAGGGAAAUUUAGAUCCUAAUUGGAACUCAGUUAAAUUAAAUUCACCAGAAUUGAAAUCCCAUAGUUAGUAACGAUAGUAAGUAUUUGCACGAAUUGCGGACCUAUAUGGCUUGCAGAAAAGAGAGGGUUUUGCACUAAGUCAUUGCAAACAAAGAGGGUUUUUUUAUUUAAACAUAUUUCUUAUUGUUUUCCC